ACUAAUAUAAUAUUUUAAAUCAACUAUACUUCAAUUUUUAAAAAAUGAUCUUGCUCAGUAGUACAAGCAGAAACUUGGUCACAUAUAUUUGGGUGGAUCCUUAGGGUAUUAAACCAGGAGGGAUGAAUUAUGUUUAGAUAGGGGCAAAUUUAUCAAUAUGCGUAUACCCACGAUGGACUCAGGAGCAGCCCAUGCUGCAUUUCAUACCAAUGAAAUAUGUAUUUCUCUAACGAGAUCCUGAUAAAUAUUUUUUAAAACUCUCUAAGUUUUUUUUGACGUGCAGCCAUCUUUUGUGGUAACCUGAAGACAUCUGUGGUGGUGGCUCUUCAAUAAUGAAGUCUGUGAAAUAGAAUAGAUGGGCACCCUACAAAGAUACUUUUUGACAUAUAUACCUAUAUGAAAUUCUGUGUCUCGUGGGCAGAACACACAAGUUAUCAUAACAGGGAUUCAGAUCCUCUUUCUCAGUCCUUGAUAUAUCCUACUUUAUAGACAGGAGGCUUCAAGUAAAGGAGAGACUGGGUCCUUUUGACAAAAUUUCUCGUAACUUAACACAAGUAUAUACACAAGUAUAUAACACAAGUAUAUACAAUUAAUCAUUUCCCAAAAGUCCCUAAGGGAGACCUGUGCCAUCUACCAGUUGAAUCUCCUUCAAACUGGAUCUACAAUGUAUGGUAGCAUCAUUGGAAGUUAUGGCUACUGCAAUUACAGUCUCACUUAGGAGUGGUUCUCAAAUGUGUAGUGAUAAGAAAUCUUCCCAGGGGCAAAUUUUAAGGAGGUAUAUUUAGUAGUUCACUUUGUGAAGAAGAGCUGUGUCCUGAGGUUAGAUUUAUACUGAUUCAUGUCCAAAGCUCAACGAGUUGACGGGUAAAAGGGGGCUAGACAAAAAUAAGACUGGAAUAAGAUGUCUGGAGGAGACAGAUGUGGAUGAAGUUCUAGGAAUAGGUACUGAAUAGGGUUUACAAAUGCUUAAGAGAGGAUAGGACAUUAGAGGGAAGAAAACAAGUGAGGUUUGUGUAUUUAUAAUUUUGGCUGGCUGUGCAGAGCCAUGUAAUGGCCAUUACAAUGUUUCUCUUCCUAAGGCCACAGCUCUCAUAAGUGUAGCCUUUUCUGCCAGGCUCUGGUAAUAUUACUUACCCUCACUAUAAGCCUGAUGGUGAUAAUGGGUCCCUACCAUCAUCAGUUACAGGAUGCUUCACCAACCCUACCCAUGUUUUUGGAGCCCCCGUUUAUUAAACUCAGGUGUCCUUUUGUUUCUUGACAACUGACACGUGUUUUUUGAGGUGACCCUGACAACAACCCUGAUCAUAAACUCCAUGGGGAUACAGAAUUUAAUAUCUUUUAUCUGCUGUUGUUAUCCCAGCAUCUAGAAUGAUGUCUAUCGCACAGCAAGUUUUCAAUAAAUAUUUGUUCCAUGAACAUAUGUAGUGACCACUUUCUUUCCGUUAGUGAAAUUUAUGUUAAAGUCUAUUAUGAUUGAUUUAAUGUAAUACUGAUUUAAUACAGUUUGACCAGCAUUUUUGUGCUGUUAUUUGUAAUUCAUUAAAGAAUGACAAAGAAUUACGUACGUCAGCAAAAAGCAAGCAAACUUGUUAUGUGCACAGUAAUCCAAGAUCAACGUAAUUUAAUUAACAAAAUUUGUUGAAACAAUAAUAGAAUUCAUCUGAAAACAAUGUUGAGUCAUAAAAACUAACAGCUUCCUUAUAUAUCAAUACAUCUAUACCUGCAGCACUGCCUUGACCUCCAGUAGAACCUCCACACUGGGCUCCAGGGGUGCUAGCACGGGGCUUAGGGGUUAAUGGGUCUGUUGGCUGUAUAGAAACAGUGUAGAGGUCCCAAGUUGAAAAAUUACAAAAUUAUAAUUUUACAGCUAUUUAAUUUCAAUCCUAAAUACCUCAGUCGUCCUGCCUUUUUUUUUUUUACAAAACCAAUUUUCUUACGUAACUCAAAAUUUUUUCACACUUUACCUACGUAAUGGUAAUUUUAACGUUUUCAAUAUCCAAUCCAUAUUCAAGUUUCCCCGACUGUCUCCAAAUGACUUAUGAAAAAACUGCUAGUUCAAUUGGGAGCCAAUAGAGGACCACCCUUUGCAUCUGGCAUUUAAGUUGAUAUUUAACCCGUUCUCUUCAGGAUCUUUGAGAGGCUGGGCAGGAUACUUGUAAGACAUCGCCCUUCAGCUUUCUAAAAUACGUAAACGCCUAAAGAGUGACCGCAGCAGUGGACGCGGAGGUCUAUGGGAAAUGUAGUCUUGAAUCCUUCGGUUUUACCGCGCGGCGCUCUGGGAAGGGGAUUCUGGGCUGCUUCUGCGCGUGUGCGGCUGUAUCCCCGCCUCCUCUUUCGUCUUCUCUGGACGCCAGGGAAGAGGUUUGGGAAGCUGGGAGUCGGCUCGGAAAGUGAAGGGUGCGCGCCUGGGCUGAACCACAGUUCUCUACUCUCCCAAGAGCAGAAAAUGAACAUACCUCAGGCAUCAGUGUCAUUCAAGGACGUGACUGUGGAGUUCACCCAGGAGGAGUGGUGGCAGAUGGACUCUGCUCAGAGGACCCUGUACAGAGAUGUGAUGUUGGAGAACUACAGCCACCUCGUCUCAGUGGGGUACUGCUUUACAAAACCAGAACUGAUUUUCAUGUUGGAACAAGGAGAAGAUCCAUGGUUAUUAGAGAAAGAAUUUGUGAACAGAAGUUCCCCAGAAGAAUCCCAACCUGAUGAACUCUUACAGGAGAGACUAGAAAACCAAGGCAAACAUUUGAGGCAAGUUUUAUUUGUCAACAAAUCAUUGACUACAGAGCAAGAAAUUUCAAGAAAACUGUGUACUCUGGACAUAAACAUUUUCCCUGCAGAAACAAUGCCUUGUAAAUUUGACACUACAGGGUCUACUUACUUGCUUCUUAGCUCAUUGACCCCACACUGUCAGUAUUCAAGAAAGAAGGCUUAUGAGCUUAAUGUAUGUGAGAAUUGGCUCCUCAGUAUUAAGGAUCGCAGAACUAAUACUGGAGAGAAAUCUUUUGUUUAUAGUAAAAGUGUGAAAGCCUUUGGACAUAAAGACAAAGUUAUUCAGCAUCAGACAAUUCAGACUUUACAGCAAACUUUUGAAUAUAAUGAAUGUGGAAAGGAUUUUCUUGAAAAGACUGCCCUUGUUACAUCUAAGGAUACCCAUCCAAAAGUGAAAUCUUAUAAAUUCAGUAAAUUUGGGGAAAACCAAUAUGAUAAAUCAACCUUGAUAAUCUCUCAGAGCAAUCAUCCAGAGGAGAAGAGUCACUAUGAGUUUAAUAAAUAUGAAUAUACUAUUGAUAAAAACAGAAAUAAUUUCAGUAGGAUCACUCAAAGAACUGACACAGAAGGGAAAUCUUUCAGCCAAAAAUUAUACAUUAGAGAACAGCAAAAAAUUCAUAUAGGGGUGAAACCCUUUGAAUAUGGAAAGAAUUUCAGCCAUAAUUCAACCCUCCAAGUGCAUCAGAGAAUUCACACAAUAGACCAGUCCUCUGACUAUGGCACAUGUACAGAAUCAUUGGCUUACCAGUCAACUUUCAAUGUACAUAAGAGAACUCAAAUAACAGUGAAACCCUAUGAGUGUAAUGAAUGUGGAAAAUCCUGCGCUAUGACUUCAUGCCUGAUUCAGCCUCAGAAAAGUCACACAGAGGAGAAACCCUAUGAAUGUCAUGAAUGUGGGAAAGCUUUCAGUGAGAAGUCACGCCUAAGAAAACAUCAGAGAACUCACACAGGAGAGAAACCCUAUAAAUGUGAUGGAUGUGAGAAAGCUUUCAGUGCAAAGUCAGGCCUAAGAAUACAUCAGAGAAUUCACACAGGAGAGAAACCUUUUGAAUGUAAUGAAUGUGGGAAAUCUUUCAACUAUAAAUCAAUCCUCAUAGUACAUCAGAGAACUCACACGGGGGAGAAACCCUUUGAAUGUAAUGAAUGUGGAAAAUCUUUCAGCCAUAUGUCAGGCCUAAGGAAUCAUCGGAGAACUCACACAGGAGAAAGACCAUAUAAAUGUGAUGAAUGUGGGAAAGCUUUCAAACUGAAGUCAGGUCUAAGAAAACAUCAUAGAACUCAUACAGGGGAGAAGCCCUAUAAAUGUAAUCAAUGUGGGAAAGCAUUCGGUCAGAAAUCACAACUCAGAGGACAUCAUAGAAUUCACACAGGGGAGAAACCCUAUACAUGUAAUCACUGUGGGGAAGCUUUUAGCCAGAAAUCAAACCUCAGAGUACAUCACAGAACUCACACUGGGGAGAAACCCUAUAAAUGUGAUGAGUGUGGAAAAACUUUCAGGCAGAAAUCAAAUCUCAGAGGACAUCAGAGAACUCACACAGGGGAGAAACCCUAUGAAUGUAGUGAAUGUGCCAAAGCUUUCAGUGAGAAGUCAGUCCUAAGAAAACAUCAGAGAACUCACACAGGAGAGAAACCCUAUAAUUGUAAUCACUGUGGAGAAGCUUUCAGCCAGAAAUCAAACCUCAGAGUACAUCAGAGAACUCACACUGGGGAGAAACCCUAUAAAUGUGAUAAAUGUGGGAAAACUUUCAGCCAGAAAUCAAGCCUUAGAGAACAUCAGAAAUCCCACACAGAGAACUAAACAUAUAAAUGUAAUGAAUAUGGAAAAGCUCUGAGCUGGAAAUCAAGUCUUGCAAUACAAAAUAAAACAUGUAGGAGAGAACCCCUAUGAAUAUAAUGAACACUUGGAAGUUCCUGUGCAAGAUAACAGCUUUCACUAAACAUCAGAGAACUUACACAAGAGAGAAAUUCUUGGAAUAUAUUUUACACAGGCAGUCUCAUCUUGCGUGCAGUCCUCAUUGUAGAUCAGAGAAUUCAAUUCAGCAAAGAAACUCUAUAAAGAUAAUGGAUACAAGAAAUACUCUGUGCAUUCAAUCCUUGGAAAACUCACACUGCAGGAGAACCCUGGGAAUGUAAUGAAAAUUUCAAAACUUUGUCCCAGCAAUCAAAAUUCAUUCAUCAUCAGAGAAAUCAAACAGUGAGAAAAUUGAGAAUGUAAUAAAUGUGAGAUAACCUUUAGCCAAAAGCCAGCUUUCUCAGUAAAGCAGAAAAUACAUAGAGACCUCACAGUAUAUGAGAACAGACAAGAAAUCAGGGUAAUGGAUGUGGGGAAUCCUACUGUAAGUCACACCUCAGUUUGACUAACACAGGGUAAUAACUAUAUGACAUAUAAUGACUAUUAAUUGUUCACCAAUGACCAUUUCCUUUUUUCUCAUGCCACACCUAGUCUAAAUUUCUCAACUACUCUGUCAUCCAAAUGAGAUCAUAUUUUUAACCUCUGGAUAGUGAAAUGUAGAAGUCAAUGACAGGUCUUACUAAAUACACCUCUCAAAUUCUUAAUGUUUUCUCCUGUCCCUUGUCAGAAUGGAGUGGAGAUUAUCACCAGCAAAACCAAAGGGGCUCAUGCACGGAAGAUGAAAGAGUACAAAGUAGAAAGAAACAGGGCCAAAGAGUGACUGUUGAAUGAAAUUUUCUUCUGCAUGUACACAGACAUUUUGCUGUGAUGAAAUAAACUUGUUCUCUGCUGGGCUUC